AUGGACAGCACUGCAUCACCCAAACGUGGUACUCGCUCCAAAACCGGCUGCGCGACUUGCCGGACUCGAAAACUCAAAUGCGACGAGAUAAGGCCCGUCUGUGCAAGAUGCUCCAAGUCUCGUCUGAAGUGCGACUGGGAUCAACCCGUGAGACGAGCUCGCACGAGGGUCUCGACGGUCAAUGUUCCACCCAACAGGCUCCUCGCGCCCGCCGACGCAUCUCACGCGAGUCCACAUUCGACAGAGAGCGUGAUUUGCGAUGAUACCCGGUUGAGUGUCACCUCAUCAUCACCAACGCCUAGACAAGCCUUGGAUGUACAAUCACCCCUGAGCCUUGUCCCUUCGGCCCUGUCGACGGCGCACAUUCCCCUUUCAAACGCCUUGCAGCUCACUCCGCAGGAUCAACAGUCGUUCGUGUACGUCCAGAACUCUGUCAUGGUCCUCCGGAUCGGCAAGCCUUUUCAAUGGAGCAACCUGUCUUACGUCUACUUGAACAUUGCGAGCAAGUACGCAGGUGUGAUGAGGAUCUUUAUUGCCGGCGCGUCCAUGGAGCUCCGGUCGAGAGCGCUCCUCGACCAGUUCGAUAGGACAUUGUCCUCUGACCAGUAUGAGCGAGCCCGCCGGCUAGAACACUCGGCGACCAGCCACUAUCACCUCGCCCUGAAGGACCUGUCCGCGCUGGUAGAUCACGUAUCCUCCUCCCAAGGCAGCGACGACGACGUCGACGCCCUGUUUGCCAUGUGGUUCCUCAUCCUCCAUUUUGGACUCUACGACUCGCAGAGCAUCGGAGCGUCUCACGUCCACCUGGAGGGGAUUCGAUCUUUUCUCAAGCCAUAUCUGAAAUCGCGUGGGGAGCAUGGCACGGCGACACUGCCCCUCGCAUCUCAGCAGUUGUUGUACUUUAUCUCCAUGGCUUCUGGGAAGCUGUGGAUGGAUCUGCUGUCGGAAGAUGCGGACUCGCCGGUUUCGUACGACGGCCUGUUCUACAGCGCCAGAUCGUGUCUCCCCAAGCUCUGGGGACCCCAGUAUCCGGUCUCCGAGUUGCUCGACGACCUGGAGAACUACCGACCUCUCCACCUUCUGCACCUGUGCCAGAAGCCGAAGCUGAGCAUCCUCAACCUGGCCGCUUCUCCGGACAUGGGCCGCAGCGACAAGGCCGGCAGGCAACGGCUGUGGAAGGAGCUGACCAAGCUGGGAGAUGAGUUCGCUGAUGUCCUCGCCCUGGCCGACAGGGUCGUCGACACGGGCACCAAGAGACUCAUAUGGACCGUCUACCACGCCAGUCUCGAGUUCUACGCCCUGCAAGUCUUGUACUCGUGCCUCGAUCCUGACGACGAGUAUCCGCCGUGGCUGCAGCGCGUGGUCGCCACCGUCACCAGUAUUGGAUACAAGGCCGUAAAAGAAGACCCUCGGCAGCUGUACCGCCUGGUCUGGCCGCUCGCGAUCGCAAUGAUACGGACCAGAGACUUGGUCCAUCGCGACUGGCUGAAAGACCAGCUCUUGAGGGCGCAGAUCCUGCUCCCCAGCUUUGGACUCCCCGGGUCGGUGUGGGACGGGAAAGGCUUGCUCGGCCAGCUUCUCCUGGAAGCGAAUCGCACAUGCCAUUCAGUGGCUACGACAGCCGAUCAGCGGUUGUUGCAACAUUAG